UGUGAAUUUGGUCGGAAUUCUAACUCACUCCUCCGUGGACAUGGCGAAACGUAAGGCAUUUUCAGAGAUUCGCCAAUAUGUUCGGACCAAGAUCACCGUUCAGAAGGAAACUGUUAGGCAGCAAAAUCUAUUGCUUUCGGUACUGCCUGAACAUCUGAUUGAGGAGAUGAAGACAGAUUUGGCUCGUCUUAGUGGUACCAUCAGUAAAAGAAAGAUUUACAUCAAGACUUACGAGCCCGUCAGUAUUUUGUUUGCUGAUAUUGUGGGCUUCACUUCUCUAGCAGACCGAAGUGCUGGAUCGUUCGUGGUGGAACUAUUGAACGACCUAUAUUGCAGUUUUGAUAAGCUGGCUAGGAAGAACAGAUGCAUGCGGAUCAAGCUGUUGGGGGACUGCUACUAUUGUGUCUGUGGUUUGCCCAAGCCUGACAACUUCCACGCGAGCUGCUGCGUCGACAUGGGGCUAGACAUGAUCUACGUCAUGCAUGAGGUGAGGAAGAAGUAUGAUAUUGAUGUGGAUAUCAGGGUUGGUGUACACACUGGAAAGCUACAAUGUGGUGUGUUGGGGCUGAAGAAAUGGCAGUUUGACAUCUGGGGCAGUGACGUAGAGACUGCUAACAACAUGGAGUCUGGAGGUGUACCGGGCAAGGUGCAUAUCUCUGAGGCAACGAAGAACCACUUGCUUGCAACUUCGGACAACUACAUGACACAGCCAGCGUAUGGAUUCACAAGAGAAUCCUCACUGAAGGAAAUCGAGACUUUCUUUGUAAGUCCAUCUUAUGCCGGAAAAGUAAAAGUAGAACAGAAUGUGUCAAGGCAUAAUCAAGAUUACUCCAAUGGCCCAUCCAAAACUUCUGCAGUUGAGGGGAAUGCCAGUCUACCGUUAUUCAACCCGAUAAAAAGACAGAGAGACAUUGAGAGAGAGCUGAUUGCUACUUUGUACAACUCCAUUAACGCUCGUAGCUUUCGCCGACUGAAGAAGACAAAUUGUAAAUCAACAGGUCUGAGGUUCAAGGAUAAACAGAUGGAGAAAAAGUAUAACCAAGAGCCAGAUCGCAUGCUUCAGUCGUAUUUCUUGACAUCUUUGGUGGUAUUCCUCUCAAUUAUGGUUGUCCAGCUUAUUGUUAUGCCAAGAACCUUCAAGCUGCUAGUAUGUUGUGGGCUCGGACUUCUCUGGUUUGUUUUUGUGUGCUGUCUUGUGAUGGCUUGGAAUUACACAAAUAGCAAGUGUAUUCCGAGCUGUGUUGCCACGGCAUCCAGUAAGAUUGACCGGAGCCGCAGUGUAGCCCAGACUUUGGCACUAGUCACUGUCAUCAUCAGCUAUAUAGUCAUAACAAUUCCUAUGGUAUCAGAAGACUCAUACUUUUGCAGAACCCUGCUGGACAUUGAACAAGCAGAAGAAAGAUCUUUGACUCCAAUAAGAUACAUCCAGAAAAACCCAUUGAAUGAAACAUGCGCAGCAAAAACACUUCCUUAUCCUGAGCAUACACUUCUGUACACUAUCCUAAUGAUGAUCAUGACUGGUGCCUUCCAAAUAGUCAUGUUCAGAGUCAAGUUUAUGAUAAUGUUGGGACUUUGUACCGCAUAUACAGUGCUUUUGAUCACCGCUCCUUACUUUAUGGAGUUAGUUGUGGACACUGAAGCUGCUAUCAAGUACUUUCUGAUGAUCAUGGCUCUGACAUCCUUCCUGCUUCUGAUGCUGAUUCAGAGUCAGCAAUCAGAAAUCGUUCACCGACUUGACUUUAUUUGGAAAAUCAACGCUCGAUCUGACUCAGAAAAUAUCCAACAACUCCAGAAAUUCAACACCAAACUGAUAGAAAACAUCUUACCUGCCCAUGUGGCCAAACAUUACUUAAAGAUGGACCGCCUGCAGGAUGAGCAGUAUCACGAGGAGUGUCUAUCCACUUGUAUCUUGUUCGCGUCCAUCACAAGGUUCUCGUUCACCAACAUCGACGGAGAGGACUCAGAACGCAACGUUGCAAUUCUCCAUGACAUCAUAUCUGACAUCGAUGAACUGCUGAAUGAGCCUCUCUUCUCCUCCAUAGAGAAGAUCAAGUCUACCGGAGCUAUUUACAUGGCUGCUUCAGGAUUAUCAUUGACACAAGAGAACGCUAACUCACAUGACCAUAUACUCGCAAUGGCGUACUUCGCACUGACUUUGCUGGAUCAAAUCCAUCAGAUUAACAUCAGACAUGAUACAAGCUUUGGUGUUAAAAUCGGUAUAAGUAUGGGAUCAGUGGUAGCUGGUGUCAUUGGAGCGUCCAUGCCACAAUACGACAUUUGGGGCAACACAGUCAAUGUGGCCAGUCGUAUGUAUUCUACUGGUCUGGAGAAUCAUAUUCAGGUGACAGAAAACUUUGCCGCAGUCGCAGAGAAGAAUGGAUUCACAGUAAGAAAGAGGGGCGAGGUUUUUGUUAAAGGAAAAGGCUCGAUGGUGACAUAUUUUCUUGUUAAUGGCCCUGACAUUGAGGAUGCGAUCCAAAGAGCAAGAGACCUGAGGCGGCCUAGAUCCUCAGUGGGACUUAGGGCGUCCCAGGGAAGUCGAACAAGUUGGAAACAUUCCAGGAGCGAAGGUAGAAGUUCUACAGAAAAUACCACUCGAGGUUCUAAAUUAUCCAAGCUUUUUAAAGGAUUAUAUAGUCCCAAAGGAAGUGUUGAUAGUGGAAAAUUGUCAAAUGCAGCUUCUAGUUCUAUUCUACCAAAUAAUAGUACACGGCUAUCAGAGAUGUCAGACCAUGAAAACACAUCUCAACCGUCUUCAUCAAAAAAUUCUAAUUUUGCCCAUCUUUCAGUAGAUCCCACAACAAAAAGUAAUAAAGAAGUUCAACUAAGAGGAUCAAUCGCUGGUGUUCCCAAAUCGAAAAACAAAAUUUCAAAAGGGGAUGAGGAUGAACCCUUGAAAAUCACUGAUAUUAACAAACCACAAGCAACUGUUUAUAACAAUUCAGCGAAUGAAAACUCGUUAUCACAACAUGAUAAUACAGCACAGAGUUCUAAAACUAAUCACAGAGUAAGUUUUUCGUUAGACAAUGAAAUUCCAAGUUCCCUGACGGACUCUAGAAAUUCUGAAGACGAGGCUAACAAAAGCUUCAAUAACUCACCAAAACGGAAGAUAUCCAAAUUUAGGAAAUCAAAUUCAAAACACCAAACAGGGAACAUUAAUAACAGCAUGGAGGAGAAAAGUUUGGAAUUUUGGAAAAAACAAGAAGCAGCAAGAAAAAGGAUAUUAGAAACUACGAAUAUGAAAAGAGUCAGUUUUUCUGAAGGAAAUGAGAUCGAUAACACACAAAGUUCUUUACAACACUCUGAAAAUAUCCAAGAAUUCCAUCCAGAAAAUGAUACGAGUAGGCAUCCGAGAAGACGAGGGAGUAUUAACCGAGUAAGCUUCUCAAUGGAAGAUGAAGAGAUUCCAAUUUCCCCAAGAGCCUCUGACAACAGGCAGAAUAGUAAAAACUUGUCGAGGCGAAUGAAGUUUUGGAAAAAGAAAGAUUUAGGAACAGGACCUAGAAUUGAACCAGAUCCUCUCCAUACCAAUCAAGAACCACCUUCAGAAAGUACUGAAGAUUCACAAAGUCAAGAGAAUUCAGAUGAGUCGUCUUCCUCUUUCUGUAACUGGAUAUGGUCAUCCCUCACCAAACAUUUUUCGAAUCGCUGACAGUUCAAGUCAAUCCCAAAUAAUUCAGCCAAUUGUUUUUAGACUUUACACAGCUUAGUGAU